AUUCAUCACAUCCUUUACUCACACAAACAUCAUGAAAGGUUAUAAAGAUCAAAUAGUAAAGUUAAAGAAAAGGAAAAUAUAUAAGAUAAAUCUAUAUACAAUUCUUCCAACAGCUCUGUUGUCAGUUUCUGCCUCUCUGAUGUGUGAUGCGAUGUUUUUGGCGGCAGGUUUGUGGAUCUGGAGCUCCUCCCCCGACAGCUUGCGUGAGUUCUGACGUUGCUUCUUCCUCUUAUUCGUCAUUUUGUGGUUUAACGGACCAAAAGUGAGAAGAGUAACAACCAGCCAGACGCUGCAGAGACGAGGAGCCGCCGAUGUUACAUGACCUCAUCACCAUCAACAUGAGCAUCAACAUGACCUCCAUGGAUGACAUCAUCACAGCUAUGACGACAGAGGACCCAUCUUACUUCAGUCUAUCAACCACCCCAGAAGAAGAGUACUAUGAAGACUAUGAUCUAAACGUCACAGACCUGAUGUGCAACCGGCAGUCGGUGCGGGACUUCAGAAGUCAGUAUGAGCCACCGUUCUUCUGGAUAAUCACUCUUGUGGGUGGAGCUGGGAACCUGGCCGUGGUAUGGAUCUAUCUGAGCUUCCGUAAGCGGCUGAAGACAAUGACUGAUGUGUACCUGCUGAACCUGUCGGUGGCCGACCUCUUGUUCCUGGUCACGCUGCCGUUAUGGGCAGCUGAGGCAUCACACGGCUGGCUCUUUGACCUCACCAUGUGUAAGAUAAACUCCGCCCUCUACAAGGUGAAUCUGUUCAGCAGCAUACUACUUCUCACCUGCAUCAGCGUGGACCGCUACAUCGUCAUUGUGCAGACCACCAAGGCACAAAACUCGCAGAUGGAGCGCCGCCGCUACAGCCGACUCGUGUGUGCUGGGGUUUGGUUGCUGGCGCUGCUGCUCGCCAUGCCUGAGCUGUACUUUGCUGACCUUGCCAAAGCAGGCUCCAAAUCUUACUGCAGGAUGGUUUACCCAUCCAACCUAGGAAACCGCACCAAAAUCUUGGUACUGUCACUGCAGGUGAGCAUGGGUUUCUUCGUACCCUUCAUUGUCAUGACCUUCUGCUACAGCAUCAUCAUCGCCAAGCUGCUCAAGACUCGUAACUUUGAGAAGCACAAAGCCAUGCGAGUGAUCCUGGCCGUGGUGGUGGUGUUCAUUGUGUCGCAGCUGCCCUACAAUAGCAUGCUGGUGAUGGAGGCCACGCAGGCAUCCAACAUGACCGUGACAGACUGCCAGAAGGUGAAGGCCAUAGACAUGGCGGGGCAGGUGCUGAAGAGUCUAGCCUACAUGCAUGCCUCUCUCAACCCCUUCCUCUACGUGUUUGUUGGUGUUCGCUUCCGCCGUGACAUAAAGCGGCUGCUGCGCUGCUGCCUGCCGCAGCCAACCAAGACUCCUCUGGGAAAGACCAGGAGUCCUCUGAGCUCCACCAGGAUCUCAGUGAUGUCAGACAGCGACACCUCCCAGGCCCUGUCGCUGUAGAGGCAGCUAUGCAACAUUCUGUUUGUGUUGCAGCAGCCUCAAUAUCACAAGAUGAGUGACAACAGGAAGAGUGGCCAAUUUCACCCAGCUUCAAGAAGGCUUCAUUAAGAUGCAUGCUGCUGCUUAACUUCUCUGUCAGCUGUGACUCUGCAGUCACAAGAUCUUCAAACAAACAAGUUCACAACAAGAAGAACUACAAUGAUCCCCUUAAAAUCCAUCAGUUAAACCCUUAAAUCAUUCAGGGGAUUUGUUUAGGUUGCUUCAACAGAAUGAAAUCUGCUCAGAUCUUUGAUUGGUCUUCUUGUGCAGAGGAGAAGAAAGUCCAGAAUCAUGUGUUUGUUCCUGUUCUUAGCAAGGUGGGAUCUGACCAAGUGUUCAGUUAGUAAAGCUUGUUGAAACACGGAAAGGCUGGAUUUGAUCCCGAAUUGGUUCGGUUCAUGUCUGCCGUCAAGGACUUGUUCCCUUUGUGAUCUACCUGCUUCACCUGGAAGGUUUUGGUUUUCUGUCCAAACAGACUCCAAGUAUAAUCAUCACAUUCAGAACAUUCCAGGAAGUUCUCAGGACUUUAUGAGGACUUUUUCAGGACUCAUCCCUGUGUUUGGGUUUUUCUCAUGAGGUUUCUGGGUAUUUGGGGGACUUUAUCAGGACUUUUCUGUACUGUGAAUCUUUUUUACAUGAGAAUUUGGAGCUGCUGUUUAGGUGAUUGUCUGUCAUGUGACCUAAUGUGUUUGGGGUCAAAUGUGUGUUUUCUCUGAUAUAAAUAUGAAUUUUGUCUUUUUCUUCUCUGUGACGUUAAACCCGCUCACCAGCGCUAACACAUGCUAACAGAGGCUAGCAGAGCCCGGUUCUUUCCUGCUGUACAGAACCUGCUGUGAGUUUUCAUGACUGUACAUGUUUUUAUGUUGGAUCAUUAAGAAUAAACUGUUUAAAGUGUC